GGAAGGUUGAUCAGCGCAGCAUCCACUGGAGAGCACCCACUUUAAUAAUUGGGUUGUUUCUAUGCGGAGUUGCUUCCGCAAUUGGACAUCAUGUCUACUACCAGUCUCUCAAAGGAACCUUUGUUGCCUCCGAAACUCGCCAACAGUGGGAAAUCCGCAUCGGUACCGGCCUUGCGUUCCUGACAAAAACUGCCCUUGCUGCGUCUGUCGGAGCUACAUUCACACAAAGGCUAUGGAUUACAAUGCGGAAAAGACCAAUCAAACUACAUGCCAUUGACAAUCUGUUCUCUUUGACUUACGAUCCAACGUCUUUCUUCAACUGGGAGGCAUGUCGCAAAGCAAAGACACUGUUUGUCCUUGCGCUGAUAAUGUGGUGUAUUCCUUUAAGCGCCACGGUCACACCCAGUACACUCUCCGUGCGAUCUCGAAUGACGCCAAAGGACAUCACUGCCAGCGUGGCCAGCAACAUUCUUAACGACACAGGAACUAGAGCGUAUCUCUGGGCCGAUUGGCCAGGAGUGGGACGGUUUGGCUCUGUUUCACCGCACGUCAACCGGCUGUUGGCAGCGACAUCUUCCUCGGGCUCUAUCUUGCAACUCACACCACCUUCUCCCAAUGCAACAUACACGCUAGACUUUCACGCGCCGUCCUUCAAGUGCGAGAACCUCAGCAUUGCCCUUGCUUCUCAUUCAAACAACGACAACUCUUCUGAACUAACAACAGCCUGGAACUCCGCAAUGGGAAAGCUACGUUCGUUGGCCGUUUACACCGGGGCGGAGAGUAGAGGGUCAACACAAAAAUAUUUCUUCAUCAACCUGAACGGCAAAAGCGGCCAAAACAUCACUUGCAGGCCCUGGAACACGUCUUACACCACAAACUUCAAUUGGGUCAAUGGUGUUCAAACUUUGACAAUCACAAACCUCACCCAUAUUGAUGUCCUAAAUAAACGGACAGAUACGAUUUACACGGACUUUGCACCAGGCGAAAUUGCUUCCUUGUCUAUAACAGAGGCAUUAAUGGGUCUUCUCACCACCGAAAUCGGAUACGGUGCUAACGGAAAUCUCUACGGCGCCGACACCCUCUUGCCGAAAACGGGCAUCUUUGCUUGUCCUGAAAUAGCAAACUCCAUGACCAACAACAACAAUUUCGGCCUUCAAAACUCGCCUUAUGAUUGCCGGAACGGCUCUGUCCUAAAAACCAUCGAGGAUCUGUCGCAUAACUUUACGCUGAGUCUUUUGUCCUCAAGCUUGUUAACCGAAAGAACGGACACGGUCGUUCACAUACUCGAAGCGAGGAACGUUUACGCGUACAACAGGACUGUUCUUGUCUCUGUAUACGGUGGUUGUGCUUUCAUUGUACUCUUGUGCGUCUGCGUGGGGUUGAGGUCGCUGUUCAAGAACGGUUACAGCGCAAACAUGUCGUUCUCGAGCAUCAUGUUGACCACAAGAGAUUCAUGCCCGGAGCUGGCGCGGGUGGCUGCAGAUUAUCGGUUGCCGGCGGAUUCACUGCAUAAAGAGCUGGGGGAUGUAAAGCUGCAGUACAAGUACAAUGAAGUAGAAUCUCCGUUGGGCUUCAGGGUUAUUAGGAGGCAUUAA